GAAGCUGAAUGUACGAAGACUGUGUCACAACUGCUUGCUUUGUGUUUUCCACCUGUUGCCGAUUCUACGCGUUACCAUUGCUCUGGUCGGAUCGUUUCGGUUGAUUCUUCUAUGCAGUGGUACUACUUGGGUUGUGCGCUUUGUUCCAAAGCAGCCAUAGAUUAUGAUGGUGUUGACAAAUGGUGUGAUGACCACCGUCGUUUGGUGCCUCAACAAACACAGAACUUUUACAAACUUCGGGUAACAGUUGAUGACAACACUGGAUCAGCAGCUUUUGUUCUGCUGGGUAGGGCCGCUGACCUUCUUGUGGGC